GGGCGGGGGCCGCGGCUCGCCCCCCGCGGAUGAGCCGCCGUGGAGCGCGGGCGGACGAUGGAACUCCACAUCUUGGAGCACCGGCUGCAAGUUGCCAGCGUCGCCAAGGAGAGUAUCCCGCUCUUCACCUACGGCCUGAUCAAACUUGCCUUCCUGUCCUCCAAGACCAGGUGCAAGUUCUUCAGUCUGACUGAGACGCCGGAGGAUUACACCAUCAUCGUCGACGAGGAGGGCUUCCUGGAGCUGCCCUCCUCAGAGCACUUGAGUGUGGCUGACGCCACCUGGCUGGCCCUCAACGUGGUGUCAGGCGGCGGCAGCUUCUCCAGCUCCCAGCCCAUCGGCGUGACCAAGAUCGCCAAGUCAGUCAUCGCCCCGCUGGCUGACCAGAACAUCUCCGUGUUCAUGCUCUCCACCUACCAGACGGACUUCAUUCUGGUGCGAGAGCGGGACCUGCCCUUCGUCACCCACACCUUGUCAUCAGAGUUCACCAUCCUGCGGGUUGUCAAUGGCGAGACGGUGGCAGCUGAGAAUCUUGGCAUCACCAAUGGCUUUGUGAAGCCCAAGAUGGUCCAGAGGCCCGUCAUCCACCCCCUGUCCAGCCCAAGCAACAGGUUCUGCGUCACCAGCCUGGACCCCGACACACUGCCUGCUGUUGCCACCCUCCUCAUGGACGUCAUGUUCUACUCCAACGGGGUGAAGGACCCCAUGGCAGCCGGUGACGACUGCGGCCACAUCCGCUUCUUCUCCUUCUCCCUCAUCGAGGGCUACAUCUCCCUGGUGAUGGACGUGCAGACCCAGCAGAGGUUUCCUAGUAACCUGUUGUUCACGAGCGCAUCCGGAGAGCUCUGGAAGAUGGUGCGGAUCGGAGGACAGCCCCUGGGAUUCGAUGAGUGCGGCAUUGUGGCCCAGAUCUCCGAGCCCCUGGCUGCUGCAGACAUCCCCGCCUACUACAUCAGUACUUUCAAGUUUGACCACGCACUGGUACCAGAAGAGAACAUCAACGGUGUCAUCAGCGCCCUGAAAGUCAGCCAAGCAGAGAAGCAUUAGGAGGGCCUGCUCCGCUCCCCUCCGGCCGCCCCCCAGGCCUGGGCCUGGCCCCACCCCGAAGACUCUUCAUGCAGUAUUUCUCAACAGACUGGAAAAUCAGCCCCGGGGACCCCAAAGCAGGGGCCUCUGGGAGACACCUCCAACGGCUGACCCUUCCCUUAGGCCUGAGGCCCAUGCCAAGGUCUCCCCUUGCCCUCCUGCCUUCCUGGAGCCCCCAGACCCUCCAGAGAACACUGCACCUUCUCCUCCCACCCCUGCCCCAGAAAAUGAUGUCUGAGGCCCAGGGAGCUUGUGAGCUGACCCACCUCCCCAUCCAACCUUGCCCACAGCUUGGGGCAGACGCCGAAGGAAGCUGGCGCCUUCUACAAGACACUAGGGUACCGAUUCUUGUGUCAUCCUGGGGGGCUGGCUGAGCGGGGCUGAGUUCACGGAGCCCGGUAGGCCCUCAUGAGACCACGCUGUGGUCGCUGGUCUCUGGUUCCCUUGUUCCUGCAGAGUGGAGGCCAGUGGGCGGCCCUCUGGUCCUGUGCUGGCGAGGCUCCGAGGGAGCUCGGGUGGGGACUUGAGUUGAGGGAGGGAACGCCAGCCACCUUGCCUGCCAACCGCAGGGCCUGUGCCCUGACUCCCAGCAAGACUGCCAAGGGGGCCCUGUCCAGACCCCAUCAUAAGCACUCAGGCCUGGGGGAGGGGGUUCCCGGGAGACACCCCCCCAGCCUGGGGCACAAGCUCCUACCCCCUCUGCCUUUCCUUCUUGGGCAGGCAGAGCCUCGGUUCCCCCAAGUGGGGACAUCCCCAGCAUUCGGGGCCUGGGGUUUCUUAGGUCACCCCCACCUCCCCAGCAGCUGACUAGACCAGCACAGGGCUCCCCCAUCAUCCUGCCCACUCCCCCCGCUCCCACCCCACUUUUGGGGGAAACACAGAAGGCCUCUGCCCCCAACUCACCUGCCCACCUGUCCCUCAGUCCAGGGACCGUGGCGUUCAUGAGUACACGACCUAGGAGGCAGCUUAUCUGAGCCUUAAUAGCGAAAGCCGUACCUUAUUUUAGUUUCUUAUUUAAUGUGUUUGCACCCAGGCUGCGGGCGGCAGCAGCCUCAGGGGACAGGGCCCUCUGAGGCCGCUGGGGGCCCAGAGCUUGACAUUGCUUGGCUGGCACCCUGUGGGGCCGGGCUCGGGCACAGGGAGCUGGAGCUGCCUCGGGGGCCUCUGCGGCAGGGAGCUGGGAGCAGAGGUCUGCUAUGAGACAGGUCCCCAGGGCCCCCUACACAGGGCUGCCCAGCCAGUCCCACGGACAGGUGCCCAGGCAGAGUCGUUCUGAGCAUCUGAGGGGCCCUGAGGGCCACAAGGAGGUGGAAAGCCAGGUGGCAGGCCAGCCCCCAUGGACAAUGGGGUGACUCCCGUGCCUCCUCCCCAGCUGGAAGGGCUUUCCAAGCGAGCAGGACCUGAGGGGCCCUCCUCGGCGCUCGGGCAGCAGCUGACGUGUGUGCUCGGAGAAGGGACCUUCUCUUGGCCUGGUGACAUGCGAGCCGCGUGGGACCCUCUGAGCCCUGCAAGCCCACCAGGUGGGGGAGCUGUGCAUCUAGGUCCUUGCAGGCAUUCAGGGCUCCAGCACUGAUUCAGAACCCACUUUUCUUUUUUUUAAGUUGACUCAUUUUGCACAAAACUCCAAAACAACCAAAACGUGUCAAUACUUUGCUGGUUCCAAAAUGGGGGUGGCCCUUCAGGCCCCGAGUCCCCUUUGUGUCCUUGGAAGGCCUUGAUUUUUCCGUGGCGCGUCUCUCCAGACCCCCUCCCGUCGGCUCCCCUCACCGUGUCCCCUCCCCGCCUCUCCUCCCGCCGAGCCAGUGUCGGCCCCGUGCCCCCCAGAAACGUGUGCCCCAGACCCCCUAGGACGUAUAUUGUACACACAUAUAAAUACCUGUGUUUUAUGUUGAUAUAGAUAUAUACUGUAAAUAGCAUAUAUACUUGAGCAAUAUAUGUUAAUAUAUAGCGUGAGAGCGCGUGCACGGGUGUGUGCGCAGUACGUGGACACAGACUCCACUGUGUGUCCGUGCGCGUGUGUGUGGGCGUGCCCCGCUGUGUCUGCCAUGCACACAGGCACAUUUUGAGCCACCAUAUAUUUUUAAUUCAAGUAUAUAGGCAAUACGAUUAUUAGAGAAGCCGACUGGCGGCCUCGGCCCUGACUUGAGAAAAACUAAACCAGCAGCCCAGGAACUGAGCCCCGGGGUGCGUGUUGAGGGUCCCUACCCUCUCCUCCCCGAGUCUCCCUUGAAAGUAGGAUUUGGCUCCUUCCCACCCCACCCCACCCCCAUUUCUACCACCAAGGCCCCCAGACACCCUUGUUUUAUUGGGGGACAGCAGCACGGAGGGAGGAGCAGUUGGAAUUUCUUGCUUUGGAACAGAACGGCCCCCUUGCCAGUCCUCUCGACCUGAAGACCUGGGUCAGCUGGACGGUCACCCUCUGGGUUUCCGUCCAGGUCUGCUCCCCGCACCCUUGAUCACUGACGGCUCACCUGGUUUCUUUCACCUGCAAGGUAGAAAGCUCAGGUUCGUUUCCCAGGUGUCAUCCUGGGGACAGGCCCUGCCUCUCUGAGAAGUGGGUGGAUGCCCUUGACGUUUCCAGGAGGGGCUGGUGCAAGGACUCGGCUCUCCCCGCUGCACAGGUGUGUAUCCAGCCAACGGGGCAGGAGCCGACAUCCGGGAAACCCACUCCCUCUCUUCCCCAUCCUCUGCCCCCUAGCCGUGUGCGGAGGCCAGCACGUCCUUGGGGUCAUCGUGGUCAGGGGUUUGAUCUCCAGCCAUCUGGGGAAAGUGAGCGGUUUUCCCUGUGGCUGGCUGCCCCCAGCCAUUUCCAGCGGUUGCCGGGUCUCCAGACCCACAGAGGCAGUCUGAGGAGCACACCCUGCUGGGCUGGGCACUCUUGGCUGUGUUUGGGGGGUGAGCAGGCGGCCCUGGAGCUGCCACCUGGGUUCCAGGUGUGUCUUUUGCUUCUGUGCUAUUCCCUAGUAAGAAAGCUCAAACCAUCUGAACGCUGCCCUUGCCCCUCGCUCGCCCCAUCACUACACACUACAGAGUGGGGAGAGGGAGGAAGGCGGGGAGCUGUGGACACCCUCUUCGCCCCCGCCCCCAGUUACAGAAAUCUGCCCCUUUGGUUCGACCCUCACUGCGGGCUCCCCUGGUUCCUAAGAAACCCCCUUUCUCCUUCAGCCCCAGGCCUGAGCCAGCACAGAGUAGGGCGGUGCCCACACCACUGCCCUCAGCCCAGGGCACACAUCUGAGCACGAGAGGUGCACAGACCUCCCAGGAUUCAGGGUCCAGAACCCCCCAGGCACCAGCAUUGUCCCCUCCCACCAGCUCGAGGCCACAGGCCCCCGGUGGGAAAGGAGGGAGUGGGUGGCCCGGAGCUGGCUGCUGGGGCCUCCCAUUAAGGCAGCAUGUCCUCAGUGACCAAUGUGGUAUCUAGAGGAUGCCUGGUCAUUUGGGGCUUGUCCCCUCUGAGGUGACAGAGGAUGCCAUGGAGGUCAGGAGAGGAGGCUUUGGGAAGGUGGGAAAGGUCAGGCCACUACCCCAAGCCAAGGGUACCAUUUGCCUGAUAAUCACAAAUGAACCUGCCCACCCACCAGCCCCUCUGGCCACAGUUCCCAUCCACCCUGGGCCACCAUUCUGAGCCUCUGGGUCUGGGCUCUUCCCAGACCCAGCUAAGAGAGGGGACCUUGGGAACCUCCCAGGUGAUGGCACAGCAGCCCUGUGGCUGAGGGAUUUUUUGAUGCCACUUCCUGAGUGAAAACGGUGAGGGGUAGGUAGGAAGCACCCCCAAUGUAUCUGUGCCCACAUAAGCCAGGGCUGGGGAGCAGCCCAGGCACCAAUGUCACGACCGCCGAGAAGUGGCGGUGGUGGUUCGCUUGGUGAGUGGAGCUUGGUGGAGGAUGAUGGGGUCUCCUAGCGGAAAGCCAGGGGCUUUGGCUUUUCGGGUUUCCUGUAUUGUGCCAAGGAGGUGCUAGGUCUGGAGUGGGAAGUAGCCCUCUAUUCAAAGACCCACGUGGGAUGGGAAUGACCACAAUGGCUGACGGUGGUCAGCCGGGCAGAGGGCGGAGAGCGGGCUUGGGAAGAGUGGCUGGGACUUGCCCUGAGGGGAGCUGAGCCCUGGUAUAGCUAGAUACCUUUUCCUCCAUCUCAGAGCCCAUCCCAGCUCUUUUCUUUGUUUCAUUUUCAAAUUAGAGGGAGCAAAAGGACAAGCUUAACUCUCUCCCUAAACCCGGGGAGAAAGCCACGGGGUGGGCUGCAAGCUUCAGCUUUGAAACCCAUGCCCUCCUAGGAAGUCUGUUUUCUCGGGCGGAGCAGGACAGGAGUUCUUGACUGAGGCAGCCUGCUGUCCUUGGGGCUGAAGGCACCAUCUGUGACCUGGACUGGAGGUAGAAGGCUCAGCCUGGCCCGUGGCUUCCGUGGGCAGCCUGGUGGGGAGGAGGAUUGUGGCUCUCAGUUCAAGGUGGAGGAUGCUGUGACAGUGGGCAGUGCUGGGAGUCAGGACAGUGUUCUGUUUAUACACACACACGUGUGGGCGUGUGCUGUAACACCCACUAAUACGUAUGUGAGCAGCAGAGCCCAGAUCAGAGUUAAGGGACUGGCUCACUGAGUAUUUUGAGACCUUGGUACAUUCUUACCCGUGGGCCACAUGUACAGUUGAAAGGGUGGGGGUGGCAGACCUCUAUCACGGGACCGCCCAUCCCCUUGACUUUGUUAAAACUGCUCUGGGGAGGGGGCAGAGGUGCCCCUGCAAGGUCUAGACCUGCCGGGCCAACUCCAGGAAGAGCCAAUCCUGAAGACAGUAUUUAUAGGGAGAGAUUCUGGGGAUCGGUGCCCCCUCGCCUACUGGGGUUUGUCCACGAAGAGCGUCCAACAAAGUUGGGAGACUACAGGUGGGACACGGCAGGGGAAUGAAAAACAGGCCAAAUUCAGGUCCCAAGACAGAGGCCAUGCGCAGUGCAUUUUCCUCUCCACUGCUUCAGUUUACCUGUUCAGUUAAUGGUCCAGGAAGAACUGGGCAAAGUUGGUUCUGAAACGGGGUGGGGUGGAGGGUUGGCUAACAGCAAACAAAACCCCAGGCCCUCCUCUUGCUCUUUGCCAGAAUCAUUUCCGUUAUUCUGAGAUGGGGUUAAGUGGAUGCUGGAUACACAGUGGGGCUGAGAGGGGUCUCUGCCCUGCCCAGGGUCUCGUCUUGGGUCUCGCCCUCACCCGGCAUGCCCUGGGUCACCAGCAGUAGAAGUGACACCUUACACCUGUCCCAAGGUCUGGGUGAGGGGAGAACUGGGCAGCCCUGCACCCUGGGGUCCUCAUGCUUUCUUUCUUUCUUGAAGAAAUACAAAACCCUCGAGAUUCAUGUACUGUAUGACAGAGAGAAAAAAGUACCUAAUGUUCCCCCCCAAAAAACAGUAUAUUUUGUACUUUGUAAAGUGUUCAUUAAAAUGGAGGAAAAAAACGA